CUGACCCGCAGCGAGCAGGGACGGACGCCCGCCCGUCGCCGCCACCCGGCCGCUAUGGAUCUAUUCGACUUUUUCAGGGACUGGGACUUGGAGCAGCAGUGUCACUAUGAACAGGACCGUAGUGCACUUAAAAAAAGGGAAUGGGAGCGGAGGAAUCAAGAAGUUCAGCAAGAAGACGAUCUCUUUUCUUCAGGCUUUGAUCUUUUUGGGGAGCCCUACAAGGUAGCUGAAUAUACAAACAAAGGUGAUGCCCUUGCCAACCGAGUCCAGAACACGCUGGGAAACUAUGAUGAAAUGAAGGAUUUGCUUACUAACCAUUCUAAUCAGAAUCAUCUAGUGGGAAUCCCAAAGAAUUCUGUGCCCCAGACUCCCAUCAACAAAAAUGAACCAAGCUUUUUUCCAGAACAAAAGAACCGAAUGAUUCCAUCUCACCAGGAUAAUACCCACCUCACGGCACCAAUGCCUCCACCUUCCGUUGUGAUAUUGAAUUCUACUCUAAUACACAGCAACAGAAAACCGAAGACUGACUGGCCACGAGAUAGUCAUAAUCCUACCACAGUACCAGCAAGCCAGGCCAGUAGUCAGCCAAACAAGAUGCAGACUUCCACACAGGAUCAGCCUCAAGCAAGACUUGAAGACUUCUUUGUCUACCCAGCAGAACAGCCCCAAAUUGGUGCAGUUGAAGAGUCAAACCCAUCUGCAAAGGAAGACAGUAACCCCAAGUCUGGGGGAGAAGAUGCUUUCAAAGAAAUCUUUCAAUCUAAUUCUCCAGAAGAUUCUGAAUUUACAGUGCAAGCACCUGGGUCUCCCCUAGUGGCCUCCUCUUUAUUAGCCCCUAGCAGUGGCCUUUCAGUUCAAAACUUCCCACCAGGGCUUUACUGCAAAACAAAUAUGGGACAGCAAAAGCCAACUGCAUAUGUAAGACCCAUGGAUGGCCAGGAUCAGGCACCAGACAUCUCUCCAACACUGAAACCUUCCAUUGAAUUUGAGAACAGCUUUGGGAAUCUGUCAUUUGGAUCACUCUUGGAUGGAAAACCCAGCACAGCCAGUUCAAAGACUAAACUGCCAAAGUUCACGAUCCUUCAAACAAAUGAAGUAAGCCUUCCCAGUGAUCCAAGCUGUGUUGAGGAAAUCUUACGGGAGAUGACCCAUUCCUGGCCUACUCCUCUCACUGCCAUGCAUACUCCUGGAAACUCUGAGCAGAACACAUUUUCCAUCCCAGGACAGGAAUCUCAACAUUUGACCCCAGGAUUUACAUUACAAAAGUGGAGUGACCCAACCAGCAGAGCUUCUACAAAGUCAGUAUCAUUCACAUCGAUGCUUGAGGAUGACCUGAAGCUGAGCAGUGAUGAAGAUGACCUUGAGCCUGUGAAGACCUUGACUACUCAGUGCACAGCCACUGAACUCUACCAGGCUGUUGAAAAGGCAAAACCUAAGAAUAAUCCUGUAAACCCACCCUUGGCCACACCACAGCCCCCACCUGCAGUGCAAGCCAGUGGGGGAUCUGGCAGCUCUAGCGAGUCAGAAAGCAGCUCUGAAUCUGACUCAGACACUGAAAGCAGCACGACUGACAGUGAAGCCAACGAGGCACCUCGUGUGGCCACUCCAGAGCCUGAGCCGCCCUCAACCAACAAGUGGCAGCUUGACAAAUGGCUUAACAAAGUGACAUCUCAGAACAAGUCAUUUAUUUGUGGCCAAAAUGAAACACCCAUGGAGACCAUCUCUCUGCCUCCUCCAAUCAUCCAACCAAUGGAAGUUCAGAUCAAAGUAAAAUCCAACCCCAGCCAGGUUCUGGCUGAACCCAAAGAAAGGCCUCUCCUGAGUCUCAUUAGGGAGAAAGCCCGACCACGGCCCACCCCCAAAACUCCAGAAACAAAGGCUUUAAAGCAUAAGUUGUCAACAACUGUGGAGACAGCUUCUCAAAGGACAAUUGGAAAGAAACAGCCCAAAAAAGUCGAGAAAAACACCAGCAUUGAGGAGUUUACCUGGCCUAAACCAAAUAUUACCAGCAGCACUCCCAAAGAAAAAGAAAGCUUGGAGCUUCCUGAGCCACCAAGAAGCCGCAACAAAGCCACGGCCCACAAACCAGUUCCUAGGAAAGAACCAAGGCCUCACAUACCUUUGGCUGCUGAGAAAAAGAAGUACAGAGGCCCUGGAAAGAUCGUGCCAAAGUCUCGGGAAUUCAUUGAAACAGAUUCGUCCACAUCUGACUCCAACACAGAUCAGGAAGAGACCCUGCAGAUCAAAGUCCUGCCUCCUUGCAUUGUUCCUGGAUCUAAUACUACCAAGUCCAGGGAAACUGCUGGGGCCGGCCUGACCCUCAGCACCUUAAUCAGCAACAGUACCAGCAGCAACAACUUAUCUGUCAGUAAUGAGGAGCCAGCUUUCUCCCCCAUUCCUGUCAUGCAAACAGAGCUUCUGUCCCCUCUGCGAGAUCAGGAGAAUCUGAAAAACCUCUGGGUGAAGAUCAACCUUGACUUGCUUUCUAGAGUGCCUGGCCACAAUACACUAACAGCAGUACCUGCCAAGUCAGACCACAAGGAAACUGCCUCAAAACCCAAGCGCCAGAGUGCUACUGCAGCUGCAGAAAAACCAGCCCCUAAGGGCAAACGUAAGCACAAGCCAGCAGAAGUUGCAGAGAAAAUCCCUGAGAAGAAGCAACGCCUGGAGGAAGCCACCACUAUCUGCUUGCUUCCCCCUUGCAUCUCACCAGCCCCACCCCACAAGCCUCCCAACACUAGAGAAAAUAAUUCAUCCAGGAGAGCAAAUAGAAGAAAAGAAGAAAAACUCUUUCCUCCUCCACUUUCCCCACUGCCAGAGGACCCUCCACGUCGCAGAAACGUCAGUGGCAAUAAUGGUCUCUUCAGUCAAGACAAAAACAUCUCCAUGAGUGGACAAAUCACCUCUACCAAACCUAAGAGAAGCGAAGGCAAAUUCUGUGCUACUUUCAAAGGGAUAUCUGUAAAUGAGGGAGACACUCCAAAAAAGGCCGCCUCUGCCACCGUUACUGUCACCAACACUGCUAUUGCCACUGCCACUGUCACUGCUACUGCCAUUGUCACUGCCACUGUCACAGCUACUGCCACCACCACUGCCACGGCUACCACCACAACCACCACCACUACUAUUUCCACCAUCACCUCUACUAUCACUACUGGCCUCAUGGAUAGCAGUCACCUGGAGAUGACGUCAUGGGCGGCCCUGCCCCUCCUGUCCAGCAGCAGCACUAAUGUCCGGAGACCCAAGCUCACUUUUGAUGACUCGGUUCACAAUGCGGAUUAUUACAUGCAAGAGGCUAAGAAGCUGAAGCACAAAGCUGAUGCACUGUUUGAGAAAUUUGGAAAAGCCGUGAAUUAUGCUGAUGCUGCCCUCUCCUUCACUGAAUGUGGCAAUGCCAUGGAACGCGACCCUCUGGAAGCAAAGUCCCCGUACACCAUGUACUCUGAGACUGUGGAGCUCCUCAGGUAUGCAAUGAGGCUGAAGAACUUUGCAAGCCCCUUGGCUUCAGAUGGUGACAAAAAGCUAGCAGUAUUAUGCUACCGAUGUUUAUCACUUCUCUAUUUGAGGAUGUUUAAACUGAAGAAGGACCAUGCUAUGAAGUACUCCAGAUCACUGAUGGAAUAUUUUAAGCAAAAUGCUUCAAAAGUCACUCAGAUACCAUCUCCAUGGGUAGGCAAUGGAAAGAAUACUCCAUCCCCUGUGUCUCUGAACAACGUCUCUCCCAUCAAUGCAAUGGGGAACUGUAACAACGGCCCUGUCACCAUCCCGCAGCGCAUUCACCACAUGGCUGCCAGCCAUGUCAACAUUACUAGUAAUGUGUUACGGGGCUACGAACACUGGGACAUGGCUGACAAACUGACAAGAGAGAACAAAGAAUUCUUCGGUGAUCUGGACACGUUGAUGGGGCCUCUGACCCAGCACAGCAGCAUGACCAAUCUCGUCCGCUACGUUCGCCAGGGACUGUGUUGGCUGCGCAUCGAUGCCCAUUUGUUGUAGUGGGUUCUCUCCUCUCUGUAGCGUCACCACCCAUCACUCUACCUCUACCAGCACACCGAUGGUCACUGGUGGAACUCCACUCAUUUGGGAAAAGUUCUCUUUGGUUAUGUUUGUUUUUAUGCUUCUUUUGAUACCUGUGAAAAAACUGAAUUCAUUGUAAGUGGACACUACAACUUGAGGGCAGUAUAUGUUUUAUUCUUUUUCAGUAUUCGAAACACAUUUCUCAGAUCCCACCAUCUUUUUGUGCUUUAUGGAAUGAUAAUACCUACAAUAUUGUUUUAAGUCCACAUUACCCAAAGCAAAAAAAAAAAAAUGGGAAGCAUGUGUGAUGAUGACAGGUUCCUGAGAAAUGAAA